GUGCAUAUUAUGCAUGCCUUUCAAACUUAGCGUUAUAACGUACUCGUAAACCAUAGUCCAUAGUUUCAAUAAUGCUUCCAAGACAAGUAAGACGUAUAGGCGAGGUGGAACGAGCCGUGAUUCAUGAGCGGUAUAUGGAGAUCGGCCCGAUCUGGGACUUGAUUGUGAACGAUAUCGUGAGGCAUGAGAGAUUUCGCGAGAUUCCUGCCAAUGUGCAGGAGCUCUAUGCUAAUGUUGGAAAUCGACGUGCAGCAAGAAGAAGACUUCGCGAUUUUAUUGCAAGAGAACAAAGAGAGUAAGUAUAGGACCUCUACUGUUUAGUUAAUGUCCUUGGCUUGUGUUUUUAUACUAUAAAAACGAUGUGUAUGAUGCAAAUUUAUCGUAUUUCAACAUUGUUUAGCGGUUUAGUGGAAAGGGUAAAUGAGAUGCGAUACGCUAAUCGGCAAAAUGCUUUUGACAGAGAAGCAGCUCAUGAGGCCAUCCUAAACAGAAUCAAUGCCAACCUACCAAACCCAAACCCCCCAGAAAGAGAUCUAGAAAAUAACCGUGGAGAAAACGCAAAUCCCCUAGAUGGCAUCAACGGCGAAGAACAAGACCCUGACCCCCUUCACCAAGCUGGUAACGAGGACAUGCUGCUGGGCGGAGCAGGAGAAAACGAGGACAUGCUUCUGGGCGCAGCAAGAGAAAACGAGGACAUGCUGCUGGGCGGAGCUAGAGAAAGACCCCAACAACGUGCGCCCGUCAACGCAAAUGCUGUUCGCGACGAAGUUCUCCAACAAGCACAAGCUCAGGCAAUUCCUGUCCCUCCUGUAGCUCAAGGAAGGCGCCCUUAUCACGCGUUAGCAAGGGAAAAUGCAGAAGCAUUGAAUGUGCUGUUAACGAGAGAUCUGCCUCUGUUAACCCAACAAUUGCAGCAGACAAUGGAGAUGACAAAUGAACUUAUAAGGCGACGCUUAGAGGAACAUUAAUUAGUAUAUUAAUUCGCGCUUGAUUAUUAUGUUAAAAUGUUGUGUCCAUUACUUUAUAUACAUGAAACAAAAUUGUAGGCUAUGAAUGAUCAGCCAUUGAUGCCACUUGCAAAUUUUGCUACGAUUUUAUGUGAGAAUUGAUUAGGAAUGCGUUUUUUAUGUUUUGAAAACACUAUAUAUUUUUACCCUUAUCUAAAU